AUGGAAGGAAGUCUCAACUUAGUAGCUGAUGCAAUUGAAAGAGCUGAACAAGAUGGGAAAAAACUGUUAGAGAUGACUCAUCACUCACAAAUUAACAGCAUAAAUCCCAUCCAUGUUGCUACUUCUUCAAAUUCUCAUUCGACAUUUAAAAUUGAUGCAAAUAAAAGGAAAAUAUUGAGAAAGAGUUCCAUCAAAGAAGAUGAUGACAUUGUUAUUUCAAGUGAUGAUGAUGAUAUCACCAUUAGCACCAUGAGGAAGAAGAUGGAUUUGAAGAAAAAAUCAACUCUCAAGAAGAUAUCACUGUUGAAAAUCAUCAAAAAGGAGAAGAAAUAA